GUUUUGUGUAGGACCCAAAUUUGACAUUUCAAUGUAAGAAAACACGUGUUGAAAAUUAAUUUUAUUACAAAUCGGCGUUCAUCGGCAUUAUCCUCACUUCCUACUUCAAUGGACUAUUUAAACUCGAAAAGCAUAGAUAACAAUCGUAAACAAAAUAUAUUCGUGUGAAAUGAAAGUGUCAACAAUUCAGUUUGUAUAAAGUACAGCACGAACAUACAUCGUAUUUAUUGUGAGGAAUUGUGGUUCGAAAUAGAUAGAGUGAAGAUGAUGGACGAUGUGAUAGUCAACAGACAAACUGUCUUAGAAAUCGUUUUAGACGGACUACAUAUACCGCUCGAAGUCUAUGAACUGCGUUAUAGUCUCUUCCUUCGCGCCGCUAAUCAUCAUUUUUCUAAGGGAUCAGAUUUUGGUCAAUAUAUCGAACCAUUUCCGCCGUGCUUUUACGAUAGCCUAACGCAUACAAGACUGUAUGACGACCUUAAUACGUGCUCUUCAACACUCCCAAGCCUAGGCUUCAUUCAACAAAUAACUGAGGAGACAUCUCUUCCACCGCAGACAUGGUCGCUUUUGUGUUGGAUAUUUACUAAUCCACUCAAUAUACAAUGUUUUAAGCAAUCGGAAAUCAGCGAGUACCUGACUGACGAGCUUCGAGAAGAAACGAAAUUGUUUUCCAUUCCACAUCCGUCCGACAGGUGUCACAGAUUUCAAAUCAUACAUGAGGACCCGAAUGCGACGAGGACAUUUCUGACGCACAAACGCGCAUUUGGUUCAUUUUUCGCAUAUCACGGAUCACCAGGCUACAAUUUUCAUUCGAUUAUUCAUCGUGGACUUCGCUGUUCGCUGAAUGUUCGCAGCGCCUACGGACAUGGGACUUAUUUAACGUCGUAUUUGCAGACUGCAACCGAAUAUGCGCUUCAAUAUGGAUACGGAGUAGGUGUUAGCCGCUUACAUGAUCGUAUCAGGUACUGCGUAGCGAUUGUCGAAGUCAUAAAGCAUCCGUCCGUAGUCGUAAAGAAUUUUAGCCGACAUACCAUGGAAGACUUGGAAAACAAAUUUGAUGAUACAAGUUCCAAUGAACAUCGAUAUUAUGUGGUCGAUUCGGAUGAAUUGAUGCGAUUGCGGCAUCUUCUGGUUUUUUACUGAAUUAUUUUCUGUUUUUGAAAUAUAAUUUUUCUGUUUGCUGACUAUGUAAUUUAAUUGUAAUACAGUAAUAAGAGAUAGCCACACUACAUGAAUGAUACACAGUAGAUGUGUCUUCGGCUGAGGCCGGGAAUAUAGUGAUUUUAUUCUCUGAACAUAGACGUUUAACUUUUUCGAUGUUUUUUUUCUCUGAAUUUGAAGUAUUUAACACCCACAAUCAUCCUGAUGUUGAAUUAAAUUUUAGUAUAAGACUGAUUCAAAAAUGUAUAUAUUAA